CUUAAACCCCAAUCAAAACCGCAUAAUCCGACAUGCUUAAUUAGCUUAGUUGUCACAUAUGUCGGCCAAUGAUUGCUCUUCCGGUGCGGCCAUAACUGGCCCGGGAGAUGUUCUUAUUUGGCGGGAACACCGAAGCCUUCGAAUUCGACAAAGUUGGUGUUCUAAAAUAUGAAACAACAAAAGCAUUUUCUAAGAUUACAGAUCCGACAUUUGUUGCGAGUCACUUUUUGUCCCUUUUGUUCCCAAUACAUGUCACUCAAUCAUCGUUUUAUCUUCCCCUUAAAGAAUUCCAAUUUCCAGGUCUCCAGGUUAAGUAUAUUCUUAAGCGUAAAGAAAAUCCGAAGAUUUAGAAAGAAAAAAACCUGGGUUUUGAUCUGAUUCUUUAACCCGACGACAGGCUGGUCCUGUAAAUUAAUUUGCAAAAAGAUUCCAACUUUCCUACUUAAAGCACCAAAAUCUCAACUGGGUUGCCACCGUUUUAUCUCUAAACCCACUAUAAUCUCAGCUUUAAGCUCCCUAAUUAAGCUCUUAAUCCAUCCAUGGCGGACCCUUUUGUAAAAACAGAGGAGCCACCUUCCCAACUUACCCCUCUUCUCGAUUCUAAUAACAAUAACAACCACCACCAUAACAACCACCACCUGGGAGGAGAAGAAGAAUAUAAAGACACGCAAUUGGACCAAACCCUCCAAUGGCUAGAAACGUUUCUCACUCUCUUGGGCUUCAACCAAUCUUCUUGGUUGAGCCUUGCUCUGUCCUGGACGGCUCUGGUUCUCAUCGGUGUGGCUCUUCCGGUGGUUGUGCUUGUGGUGUUCAACUGCUCCGACUGUGACAAGUAUCAGAUUAAAGGGUUCGAGCUCGUUAUCGUGGGAUCGCAGGCGGUUCUGGCGGCGGUCUCUGUGCUCUGCAUCUCUCACAGUCUUCGAAAGUAUGGCAUUCGGAGGUUCCUUUUUGUUGACCGCUACAGCGGUCACAUGGUUCGGUUUCGAAACGAAUAUAUCAAGCAGAUUAAGGAUUCUUUCUGCUUGCUCGUUCGGUGGGCGCUCCCAUGUUUUCUUCUGAAGACUCUACGUGAGGUCGUUCGGAUGAUUUAUGUCCAUCAGGAUUCAUCGGGGUGGGGGAUGUCGAUUGGCGUACUGUUAGCCUUGGUUCUGUCAUGGACUUAUGUGAGUACAAUCACUCUAACAGCCAGCAUUUUGUUUCACUUGGUCUGCAAUUUGCAAGUUAUCCACUUCGACGAUUUCGGAAGGGUCUUGGAGAGGGAAUCUGACGUGCUGGUGUUUAUGGAGGAGCAUAUCCGUCUGCGCUACCAUCUCUGUAAAAUAAGCCACAGGUUCCGGAUCUUCCUCCUGCUGCAGUUCAUAGUUGUCACCGCAAGCCAGUUUGUGACUCUAUUCGAGACCACAGGAUACAGUGGCGAAAUCAGUGUCAUAAAUGGAGGCGAUUUUGCAGUCUCCACGAUUGUUCAAGUUGUCUGCAUUAUCCUUUCCCUGCACGCAGCAACCAGAAUUUCCCAUAGAGCGCAAGGCAUAGCGACAGUUGCCAGUAGAUGGCACGCGUUAAUGACAUGCAGUUCUAACGAUACAUCUAACAACAGAAGCUCAAACGGCUCGGUGAACUCAGAGGCUGCCAAUGCAUUAAACUCGCUGCAUAUAAGUUACUCCGACAGUGAUUUGGAGUCGAUGGAUUAUGUUCAAAUGCCUAGAAACACACAGCUGGCUUCGUACAUGUCUUCGUACCACAGGAGACAAGCUUUUGGUAUGGAUCAGCUUUCAUUGCUUCUGAAAUACAUUUCUUUGUAUUCUCUUAGUUCGCUUGUGUUGGUUGUUGAAGCGGCGGAUCACGAUCCAUGUUUUUAUUCUCCAAUGCAGUGUUGUACUUGCAAACCAACCACGGAGGGAUCACAAUAUUCGGAUGGACGGUCGACAGAGGCCUCCUCAACACGAUCUUUUUCAUCGAACUAUCUUUGAUUACCUUUGUGCUUGGAAAGACGUUAGUUUUCUCCUCAACUUGAUACGUUCCCACUCUUUCCCGGCCACAUUGGCGUUGAGAAACC